AUGAGCGGCUUGCAAUUGGGGACACAAACCGAUGAUGAUUCCGAAGUCGAGGCUAGCGGCGCUCCAGGCGAGAGUACAACGCCGUGUCGCAACCGUCGAGGUCUGCCAUUUGUCCCCCGUUAUUUGCUAUCGCUCCGAAACGCGCCGCUGCUGUCAACGAAACCACUUAGACGUCCCACCAUUAUCGCUAUGGCCGAACAGUCACCCGAUUACAAGAGGCUGUUUCUCGAAGAACAACGCAGGCGCGAAGCGGCGGAGCAGGCGCAGAAGGAAGAGCAACGCAGGCGCGAAGCUGUGGAACAGGCGCAGGAUAGGGCCGAAGAGAAAACGCGCAAGACCACUCUUCUAGAGUUCCUUGAUGCCUGCCACAAUCAUCUCCACUCUGGUCUCACCAUCCAGGAUGCGACCUUGUCGACGCGGGGCGACCCUGCGAAUGCGACCAACAAGCUUCGACCCGAAAAUCUCGUUCUGUGGGAGGACUUCCCAGCACAGCAGGCAGCGGUCUGGGACGUGCUUAUGGCAUCUGACUUCGCCUCGGAGCGACACUUCACAUCGCUGCACACGUUGGAAGAAUCUGGGGAGGCGAUCCUGCGCAAGAUGAUGAGUUCUGAACUAGAUCUCCAUCUCUUUCAGCGUUCUACCGUAGACGAGCCCGUCACAUCUAUUAUUGAACGAUUAUACGCUCAACGAACACUACGAGGCACAUUUAGACUUAAAGGCUCAGUACAGUUUGAGAACCAUGCGAACACCCUUAGCCCGGAAACAGAGCUAGAGGAGGGUAUCGGAUCCAUGACUGUCUCUGGGGCUCCGCGACGACGGUCACCACGCCUUCAGGCCCGGACCCAGGACAACUUGCACGACCGCCCAGUGUCGACCGCCGCACCUCGCGCCCGCACAGCACGAUCGUCCCGGCCUCGAGCCGAUCAGUUUUGCGUCUACAACACCAGCAUCCAGAACAGAGAGACUCGCAUCCCAGCCUACAUUACCGAAUACAAGCCUCCGCAUAAGCUGACGCUCGGGUGCAUCUAUGAGGGUUUGGAGGAUAUGGAACUGGGCGAGGUGGUCCGGUAUCGCGAAACAGAUACCUCGCGCGACCGCUUUCGACGACUAAUAGCUGCCGUCAUCACACAAGCAUUCUCUUAUAUGGUUAAGCUUGGGGUGGAGUAUGGUUGCGUGUGCACCGGCGAAGCAUUCAUCUUCCUACGGGUUCCCGACGACCCUAUGACGGUGUAUUACUUCUUGUCUGUUCCCAAAGGGGACGUCGGCGGAGCGACGGGGUGGGCGCCCGAUUCGGACGGACCGAAUCGCCUGCAUCUAACAGCGGUUGGGCAGAUGCUGGCUUUCACCCUGCAGGCGUUAAAAACCCCCCGUCGCAGUCACCAGUGGCGUGUCGAAGCCGCCUCUCGGCUCAACAGCUGGGAGGUUGUGUAUGAAGACCUACUACAGGCUAUCCCUGAAGAGGACGCACCGUCAUCAGAGUACCGUCCGCCUCGGCACGACGGGCUUCUUCGCAUGUCACCCGUCCAGCUCCGGCGAAGGCAUACGCCCGUCAACUCCCCAAGCUGCGCGCGGCCACAGGACCAGCACGCAGCCAGCGACCAAGACUCCGAUUAUAAUACUCCGAGCCGACGGCGACCUCCACCCCAGCGCGUCUCUCGCGCACAUGCAAGCAGCAGCAGCAGCUCCACGCCCAGCCAGAGUUCCCGUGGAGGACGGGGUGGACGGUAUUGCACGCAAAACUGCCUACUGGGGUUAGUGAACGGGGGUCCGCUUGACAUGUCUUGUCCUAAUGUUCGAGAUCAUGGGCAAAAUUAUCAUCAGAUCGACCGACCGACCUUGCUCACUUGUAUACGCCAGCAGCUCUCAAGCGACUUAGAUACCGACUGCAAGCCUGUGAGUCUGCCCGGCGCUUGCGGCGUAUUAUUCCGAGUCCGGCUGAAAUCGCACGGAUACACAGUAGCAGCCAAGGCCACACCCAUUGACUUUGUUCCUCGUCUUCAACAUGAGGCUGCCGUGUACGACCUCCUCCGUCCGAUCCAGGGCAUCCAUGUGCCAGUUCAUCUGGGCAAUAUAGACCUCGCAACCCCCUAUUACUACGAGGGGAUUUGUGAGCUUGUCCACCUGAUGUUUCUUAGUUUUGGAGGGAAACGGAUCUCCCAAUGCCUGACCAUCGGGAACAGGCCACUUAUUACUAAACAGGUCGACUACUCAGCCCGAGCAAUCCACAAUCUUGGAGUCUUGCACAAGGACCUCGAACCUCGCAACAUACUAUGGAACGAGGAGACUGGUGGAGUCAUGGUGAUCGAUUUCGAGCGGGCAGAGGUCGUCAAGCCGCGCACCGUACUCAGUGUCAUCUCGUCGAAUCGGAAGAGGAAGAGAGCUGCAGCAAGCAUGGCGAAGCAGGGGGUGGACGAUGUAUUUGUGCGGGAAAGACGGCGAGCCGCUAUUGAAUUGAGGGGGUUGACAUCCGUGGAACCGAGAUGGAGGGUGUUGCGGUGUUCGCUGCGAGGUACGAGCAUGUUGGGUCACAUGACCGCCAAGAAAAGAGGUCCAGUUCUAGGGCGGCACCGCGGCCUAACCUCCGGAGAUGCCGUGCUCUUCUCCCAACACCGCAGGAACACACAACCCUACGAAAAUCUCGCCGCGCUCUACGACCGGUCCCGAAGGUUGCGGAAAGGCAACAGAACCUCGAGACGCUAG